ACGUUAUCGCGAAUUCGAUUCUAUAGACUAUAGAAUCUAAAAUCUGGCAAUAAUAAUUGACAAAUGCCAAUUGGCAUAUUCUGGCGAGAAGCGAGUGGUGACGCCGGGUGCCGACGAGGGCAUUAUUUUCGAUUUUUCGAAUAUAUUCAAUAUUGGCAAAUCAAAACGUUACGCAUAACACAGGGUGUCGAGUACACCGUACACGCCGACUUAUGUUGUUUUGGUAAAAAUUAAAAAAAACGAGGAAUUAAAAAAAAAUUGGCGUCAUCAAUUUUAUUUACUUUUUAUUAAGACACCGAUCUUCGAGUGGAGUUAAAUUGUUAUUCAGAGUCAACGCACCGACUUUUGCCUCUACGUAUUCAAAACUUGAAAAAUAUAUAGCACGAUGGCUGUUUCCACCGGCAUGUCGUUCCUUAUAUCAACGCUAUUAGCAUUGUCACUGUUCUCGGUCAUGCAGCUCAACAGCAAAUGGUUGACGUCUAGUUCAGUGUUGGUCAUAGGUACUGGUUUUCUUGGCUCAGUGUUGUUUACACUAUCCUUGACUGUAUCCUUUAUUGUUUACAAAUUUUCUAAGUACUUAUACAAUCAAUCUAUUACUCAUUUAACAUGUUUGCAAUAG